AUGCCCGUUAACAAGGCCGCCUGGAUCGAUGCCAAGGGAACCAACCUUCGAGUUGGUGACGCUCCGAUGCCAUCUCCAGGAUCAGGAGAAAUCGUCAUCAGAAGCCGAUCAGUUGCAAUUAACCCAUUAGACUGGCACAUGCAGGACUGGGGCGUUUUCAUUAAGGAGUGGCCAUCAAUUCUGGGUUGUGAUGUGGCUGGGGAAGUGUACCAAGUUGGUGCUGAAGUAUCUAGGUUCAAACCUGGUGAUCGUGUAACUGCUCACACGAUCAAUCUUGUCACUGGAAAGCCUCAGGAUGCCGCAUUUGCCUAUUACUGUGUUGCUCCCGCUGCUAAGGCAUCAAUCCUGCCCGAUUCCAUCUCUUUCGAAUCUGGUGCUGUCUUGCCUCUCGCACUCGAGGCAGGUAUCUGCGCUCUAAUGCUAAAAGCUCCAGGGGAGGCAAUGCCUGGAGUGUCGACACCAGCGCUUGGCCUUCCUAAUCCCAAACUGACUCCAACUCGCCUUGGGAAGUCAAUCAUCGUGUACGGUGGUUCCUCCUCCGCUGGGAGCAUGGCUACGCAGCUGGCUGUGGCAAGCGGACUCGACGUAGUUGCAAUUUCCAGCCCGCAGAACUUUGAGCUGUGUCGAACCUCUGGCGCUUCUGCCGUGUUCGAUUACCGGGACCCCAAGCUUGUUGAGAAGGUAGUUGAGGCUGCUACAGUACUCAGCCCUCCCGUUGGCAUAUUUGAUGCUAUCUCAACUCCGGAUACCUACGUUCACGAUCUGGAGAUUCUCUCCAGGCUUGGAGGCGGUCACCUCGCCUGCACUCACCCUCCGCCGACGGAAAAUGUCGCGGAAAAUGUCAAUGCAGGCAUGAUAUUUGCCGUCAAUGACAUAGCUCAGCCAGUCUGGGAGGAAUAUGUCACGCCUGCGCUGGAAGGCGGACAGUUGAAGUGCUUGCCUCAGCCAGAGGUUAUUGGCCAUGGCCUUGAGUUCAUACAGGAGGGGUUGAACCGUAGUAAAGCUGGGGUUAGUGGAAGAAAACUCGUUAUCACGCUCUAA